GGCCAUCGGCGCCGUUUGCGCCAACUGAGAUGCUGGAACGCCUGCGCCAGUAACUGGUUAGGUGUGGCUCUGGCAGCAAUGGCAGUCUCGGCGGUGGUGGCGGCGCGGAUGCGGCUGCAUGUGUGGGGGGCCACGGCGCUGCGAGCCCGAGGCUUCAGCUCUGACCAGCCGAGCAGCCACGACUCCAGUUCAGGCUCAAUCCGAGAGGCCGGUGGGGCCUUCGGGAAGAGGGAGCAAGCUGAAGAGGAACGUUACUUCCGAGCACGAACUAAGGAACAGCUGUUAGCCUUGAAGAAACACCAUGAAGAUGAAAUUGGCCAUCAUGUGAAAGAAAUUGAGCGUCUUCAGAAAGAAAUUGAACGGCAUAAGCAGAGGAUCAAGAGUCUAAAACGCCACGAUGAUGAUGAUUAAAUACACACAGCUUCCCCCAUACAGUGGCUACAGAUAAUUUUCCCCCAUCCACAUAGAAAGAAGUUAUGGUUCAAUUACCUGUGUACUAGCAACAGAUAAUAAUAAAUUGUUAUCUGAGAA